UAUGCUUCAAUAUUCCCUUCCAUCCCUGCUUUGCUAUCUUUAUUCUAUAUAUAUUGAGUUUGUUUUAAUUGAUUAUUUGAUUGCACAUAUUGAGAAUGAUGUAUUUGACAAUAUUGGGAAUGAUGUAAUUAAUAAUUAUGAAAACAUUAUAAAAGUAUGAGAAUACGGAGAGAACAAUUAUAAUAAGAUUUCGAAUGUUUUAAUUUUUUUCACAUUUCUUUUGCAAGUUUGAUUGUCCCCCUAAUUCAAAAUGUAUGUGAUCGCCACUGAACAUGCUAACCAAGACCUCAAUAAAAUUAGGUGUACUGUCAGCGGUAAUCAGCUGGACAAAAUCCAGCAGAAUUCUUCACAAAGAGGAACUGCAACCGUGCAAGUUCAAGCAACAAAUUUUCCAUUUCUCAAUUUCUGAACUCUGAUUUUCAUGUAGAAAUUCAAAAUUACGUAUUUUUGAAAACUAAUCAUAAGCCAGAAUGGGUGGAAACGAAUUCCGAUUCUUCUUAUCGUGCGACAUCAAUCUCCCCGUCACUUUCAGAAUCGAAAGAUUAGAAGGCAAAUUACCACCGCCCAAUCCUCCUAAUUCAGAUGAUGUUGAUUUUACUUCAGAGGAGAGAAGACCGGAGUUGUACGUUGAGUGCUUGUUAUACAUUGAUGGCACACCGUUUGGUCUUCCCAUGAGAACAAGGCUGGAAUCUUCAGGUCCAUCAUAUUGUUGGAAUGAACUAAUUACAUUAAAUACUAAAUAUCGCGAUUUGACCGCAAAUUCACAACUCGCGGUCACUGUUUAUGAUGUUUCUAGUUGUAAAAGUGAUGAAGUGGUUGGUGGGGCAACCAUUCAUCUGUUUAACAUGAAAAAACAGCUCAAGACUGGUAAGCACAAGCUUAGACUUUGGACAGGGAAAGAAGCAGAUGGUUCUAUCAAUACAACCACUCCCGGGAAGGUUCCAAAGGAAGAGCGUGGGGAGUUGGAACGUCUGGAAAAGCUACAAAAUAAGUAUGAGAGGGGACAGAUUCAAAGAGUUGAUUGGCUGGAUCGUCUUGCAUUCAAAGCUAUGGAGAAAAUCAAGGAACGUGAAAGUAUAAAAAAUGGAAGUACUCAUGUAUAUAUUGUGGUUGAUUUCUGCAGUUUUGAACAUCGAGUGGUGUUCCAGGAAUCAGGAGCAAAUUUUGUAAUACCAUCUCCUAUAGCUUCCACAAACGAACUGGUCACAGUUUGGGAUCCAGAAGUGGGAAAGAUUAACCCCUCCGAGCACAAGCAACUAAAGCUGGCUAGGAGUUUAACUCGUGGCAUCAUUGACAGAGACCUGAAACCAAGCUCCACUGAAAGGAAGUCAAUUCAAAGAAUAUUGAAAUACCCCCCAACAAGGACCUUGAGCGGAGAGGAGAAGCAGCUUCUCUGGAAAUUUCGUUUUUCAUUAAUGUCUGAAAAGAGGGCUUUGACAAAAUUUCUACGGUGUGUUGAAUGGAGUGAUGUUCAGGAAGCAAAGCAGGCAUUAGAAUUGAUGGGCAAGUGGGAGACAAUUGAUGUUUCUGAUGCACUUGAGCUUCUAUCUUCAGUUUUUGAGAGUGAAGAGGUCCGUGCAUAUGCUGUUACUGUUCUUGAAAGAGCUGAUGAUGAAGAGCUGCAGUGCUACCUACUUCAGUUGGUUCAAGCUCUUCGGUUUGAACGUUCCGAUAAAUCCCGUCUGAGUCAUUUCCUUGUGCAACGCUCAUUACGUAAUAUUGAGUUGGCUAGCUUUCUCCGGUGGUACGUUACAGUGGAACUUCAUGAUCCUGCAUAUGCAAGACGAUUUUAUUGUACCUAUGAGAUUCUGCAAGAAAGUAUGCUGAAGUUGGGAGCUGGUGCUAAUGGUGAUGAAGAUGGUUUUAAGUCAUGGCAGAGUUUGGAGCGUCAAACAGAAUUGACUGCACAAUUGUGUUCUAUAAUGAGAGACGUGAGAAAUGUGAGAGGUGGAACUCAGAAGAAGAUUGAAAAGCUUAGGCAUCUUCUUUCAGGUCUUCUUAGUGAACUUACCUACUUCGAUGAGCCAAUUCGAUCCCCUCUAGCACCUAGGGUCCUUAUAACAGGGAUCAUACCAUCAGAAUCGUCAAUUUUUAAAAGUGCAUUGCAUCCCUUGCGUCUGGCUUUCCGAACAGCAAGUGGUGGAAGUUGCAAGAUAAUAUUUAAAAAGGGAGAUGAUCUUCGGCAAGACCAGUUGGUUAUUCAAAUGGUGUCACUAAUGGAUCGAUUGCUUAAGUUGGAGAAUCUUGAUCUGCAUUUAACUCCAUACAGAGUGUUAGCAACUGGACAUGAUGAAGGCAUGAUGGAAUUCAUACCAUCCAAAUCUUUAGCUCAGAUUCUCUCAGAACAUCGCAGUAUUACAAGCUACCUGCAAAAAUUUCAUCCUGAUGAAGAUGGACCAUUCGGGAUCACUGCCACGUGCCUUGAAACGUUUAUUAAAAGUUGCGCAGGGUACUCUGUUAUCACAUAUAUACUGGGCAUCGGUGACAGGCACCUUGAUAAUUUACUGCUCCAGGAUGAUGGCCGUCUUUUCCAUGUUGAUUUUGGUUUUAUUCUCGGUCGAGAUCCUAAGCCCUUUCCACCACCUAUGAAACUUUGCAAAGAAAUGGUUGAAGCUAUGGGCGGAGCAGAAAGUCAAUAUUAUACCCGGUUCAAAUCAUACUGUUGUGAAGCAUACAAUAUCCUAAGGAAAUCAAGCAACCUAGUGCUGAAUCUGUUUCAUUUGAUGGCGGGGUCCAACAUUCCUGAUAUAGCUUCUGAUCCUGAAAAAGGCAUUCUUAAGCUUCAAGAGAAGUUCCGGUUGGACUUGGACGAUGAGGAGUCAAUACAUUUUUUCCAGGAUCUUAUCAACGAGAGCGUCAGUGCAUUAUUCCCACAAAUGGUGGAAACCAUUCAUCGUUGGGCUCAGUACUGGCGCUAAUGAGAAUGAAAAAAAUGCUUUGAGGUGCAAUACAAACAGGUAUGCCCACCCACCAUUUAUUCUGCAGAGUACGGAUAUAAUUAUCUCAAAAUAAAGAUGAGAUUGGUUCGGUGGUAAAACAGAAUACAACUGUACAGUCGUUUGUUAUUGGAUGUUUAUUGUAUAGCUUUCAGAUCAUUCAUACUCUGUUGUAUCAAAGCUUUGUGUUUGUAAAAUUAUAGUUUGGAUCAAUGUAAAAUGGUGAAUGAUGACACAUUUUUCAGCUAAUUUAUUGUUGUCCA